CCAAGACCGGCAUCGCCCCGCGUCCCGCGUUCCUGGCGCCCCGCCUGAGCCAGCAUGGUCUACGCCAGGGCCUACGCCAGGGGCCUCCGGGGUCACUGGGUAUGGGCGUGCGCUUUUUGUCCGAGCAGCCUCGUUUGAGAUUGGGGUCUAUUGCCCCCAACUUCACCGCCCAAACAACCCAAGGCGAGAUGAACUUCCACGACCACAUCGGCGACAGCUGGGCUAUACUCUUCUCGCACCCGGCGGACUUCACGCCCGUCUGCACGACGGAGCUGGGCGCGUUCGCGAAGCUCAAGGAUGAGUUUGAUGCGAGGGGCGUGAAAAUGAUUGGAUUGAGCGCAAACGACCUAACCUCCCACUCCACCUGGAUCUCCGACAUAAACGACAUCUCCCGCACCCAGGUGCAAUUCCCGAUCAUCGCCGACGCAGACCGGAAGAUAGCCUACCUGUACGACAUGCUCAGCGCGGACGACGUCGCGCGGGUGCAGACCAACCCGAAGGAAAUCGUCUUCACGAUCCGCUCGGUCUUCAUCAUCGACCCGGCGAAGAAGAUCCGGCUGACGAUGCUGUAUCCUGCGUCGACGGGGCGGAACACGGCGGAGGUGUUGCGGGUGAUUGAUUCGUUGCAGAGUGCGGAUCGGAAUGGGGUGGCGACGCCUGUUGAUUGGAGUGUUGGGGAGGAUGUUAUUGUGCCGCCUUCGGUGAAGAAUGAGGAUGCGAGGAAGAAGUUUGGGGAUGUUAGGGUUGUGAGGGAUUAUUUGAGGUAUGUUAAGGUUUAAGUUUUUUUUUUUCCUUUCAAUUGUAUUAUUUUGGGAGUGAAGAGAGAAGAGGGGUGGGGUAAUGGGUGUGGGUAUGUAUGGAUGGAUGUACUUUAGUAUGUAGAUGUGGAAUCAGAAUGAAUACAGUUU